GCUUCUUAUAUAAAUUUCUAAGAAUAGAAAGUUUGAAAGUGGCAACGUUGCCUUUUUGUUGUCCAAAAAAUUGAGGUUAACUAUUGGAUGAUGAUACAGUAAUGGGAAGGGUUUUUAAAAUUAUUAUUGGAGAUGUUCAAAGAGUGGUGGAAUUGUGAAAUUAUUUAACACUACAUCCGAAAAAUGCAGUGUGCAGUACUAAAUACGGUUCUUUAGUUUUACAAGUGAAAACGUUGUGUCUUUAAUCGUGAUUUUUCCCUUCGUCAAUUUAUCAUGGAUCAUUGGCCAAAAGAUGUUGGUAUUUUAGCCCUAGAGCUGUAUAUUCCCUCUUUAUACGUGGACCAAACCGAAUUAGAAGUAUAUGAUGGAGUCUCUACAGGAAAAUACACAAUUGGUUUGGGCCAAAAAAAGAUGGGGUUUUGUACUGACAGAGAAGAUAUCAACUCAUUGUGUCUUACCGCAGUUCAGAAAUUAAUGGAAAACUAUAACAUUAGUCCACAAGAAAUAGGCCGUUUGGAAGUUGGCACUGAAACUAUAAUUGAUAAAUCAAAAAGUGUUAAAACAGUUCUUAUGCAGUUGUUUGAACCCCAUGGUAUUACUGAUAUAGAAGGUGUAGAUACAACUAAUGCUUGUUAUGGUGGUACAGCAGCACUCAUCAAUGCUGUGUCUUGGAUAGAGUCUUCUUCCUGGAAUGGAAGAUAUGCGAUAGUAGUGGCAGCUGACAUAGCAGUAUACGCUAAAGGAUCCGCUAGGCCUACAGGAGGAGCGGGUGCAGUUGCGAUGUUAUUAGGCCCUAAUGCUCCUUUGGUAAUCGAUAGGGGUGUUCGUGCGACAUACGUGAAACACGCCUACGAUUUUUACAAGCCGGACCUCACUUCUGAGUAUCCGGUAGUCGACGGCAAACUGUCAAUUCAGUGCUACCUAAGUGCUUUAGACAACUGUUACUCUCUUUACAAGAAAAAAGUGGCGGAGAAGCAUAAAAAGGAUGUUACGCUGAAGGAUUUCGACGCGGUACUAUUCCACACCCCUUUCUGCAAACUGGUGCAAAAAUCCGUAGGACGAAUGGCUUUAAACGACUUUUUACAAAAGCCAGACCUGUACCCGUCUCUCGAAAAGUUCCAAAAGGUGAAACUAGAAGACAGUUACUUCGAUAGAGACUUAGAAAAGGCCUUCGUAGAUGUAAGUAAACAGCAAUUUGUAGAAAAAACGCAACCGUCACUUUUGGUAGCGACCCAAGUCGGUAAUAUGUAUACGUCUUCUUUGUACGGAGGAUUAGUAUCGUUAUUAGUGAAUAAAGAGCCUGAGGUUCUCGCAGGUAAUAAAAUCGUUUUGUUCUCUUACGGAUCGGGCUUAGCAGCCUCUAUGUUUUCUAUAACGGUUAGUAAUAACAUUGAUUCUCUAAAACGUAUAAUUUCAAAUUCUUCGUUGGUGAAGUCGAGGCUGAAGCAGCGGGUUAAGUUUGAACCGAAAAAAUUUGAGGCUAGCUUAGAAUUAAGGCAGGAGACUUGUCACAAGGCUCCUUAUGAGCCUGUCAGUAGUAUAGAAGGCUAUUUCCCGGGAACGUAUUAUUUGGUUAAAAUAGACGAUAUGCAUAGAAGGUUUUACAACAGGAUUCCUUCGCUCACCAACGGGUAUUCGUAGUCUUUUUUGAAUAGGUAGUAUUAAUAGAGAAUGGUAUUACCGUGUUAAGAAAGUUAUGCUGCAUUUCAAAACAUUCCUGGAUAAAAGUCUUUACACUUUUGGUUAUUAUAUGCGGUUGUUAAAUUCAUAAGGGUAGGAAUUUUGUAAAAAAAAUAUAUAUUUUAAAAAGCACAGUACAUUAAAGUAUUUUAACAAUGUAGAAUCUCUAAUUAAGCGGUUCAUAUGGCAUGGAAUAUGCUGGCUUUGAGAAACUGAUUAGUUGGAACAAUGUUGUUUGUUGUGCGUAAAUAUGGACCUCAUCGCUGAUUCUUCAAUGAAAAUUUUUGUUCAGUUAGCAGAGUUCGCCAAGUUGUGGUCUGUGAUAGGCCAGGCUCUUGCGAGCGACAUGAAAUCGAAAUGACUUCGAUACUUCUGCACACCUUAACAGAUAGCGGUGAUGUUUUCGGCAGAUCUUGCAUUUCGUCAAAGUACGGGUGUUAGUUGAUUUUUUACUGAACCAGUGGACUUUUCGUAGGACGAUUAUGGUGACCAUAAAAUUGGCGAAGCAUACGAAACGUUGACCGAAUAGAAUACAUAUUUUGCUUAAACAAUUUUAUCAUUUGCACUUGUUGGAGUACGCUAUAUCCAUCCUUAGUGAUUUGGCACAACAGACUAAAUAAAUGACAGUCGAUUUGACAGAUGUUGUUUGAACAAUAUGGCCGCUACCAACUGUCAAAGUUAGGAAGUCCCUAUUAGAAGACUAUAGAGUGUAGCCCCAGAUUUUGCUAGCUUGUGACCCUAGAUAUUUAAUUAUUUUUUUGUAGGGGUCGAUUUUUUUUAAUAUUUUUUAAACUGGGUAAUUAUUUUUCUUUUGUAAGCGAAAUCGAUAUUGGUAGAUUUCCCUUCAUUAAUUUUUAUGCGUCAUAUUUUAUUAUAAGUGGUUAUUUUGUUAACAGCAUUUUAAAGAUGUCUAGUUGUUUCUUAGAAUGAUUUAUCGACUGUUAGUAUUGCAUUGUCAUCUGCAAAUAUGGCCAGUUUAAUAUUUUCCAUAACAAGGGUGUCACAGGUAUAUAAUAAAUAUAGUAUGGGUCGCAGAACACUGCCCUGUGGGAUUCCUGCAUAGAUUGAUCGUUGUUCUGAAUAUUUGCCUUCCUAUUUUAACUCUCAAAGUUCUGUCGUCCCAUUAGCUGGAAAUAGUGAAUUUAAAGAUAGCUUUUAAGUUUUAGUAACAAGCCUUUAUGCCACACUUUAUCGAAAGCUUUUGCUAUGCUUACGAAAAAGCUGAGCAUAUUUUAUUGUCUUCUAUAAUAUUUGUUAGGCGAUAUAUUUGGUCUAUUCUUGAGUGGUUAUUACAAUAUUAUUCUUCUGUAGUAAACUUGAACACAUUAACAAUAGUUUCUCUUAUUUGGGAUUAUAAAUAUUUAUUUUUCACCGAACUUUCCAUUCUAAUUCCAAAAUGUAGUCAUUCCGACUCAAAGAAAUAUUUAAAUGCUUGGCAACACUGCUGUGAAUUUAACGUUAGGAACUCGAUCUCUUUCGAUUAACCUGGCAUCACCCAGGUGAAAAAUGUGUGUAUAAUAACCCAAGUUGGGUAUUAUUGACUCCAUUUAACAUUGAUUGAAGAAACUCAACAAAAAUUUCGAACACGAAUUUAUUUCUUUGAAAUAUCUGAUGUUACUAUCUAAGUUUUUAUAAAUAACAGCAGUUUUUACCACUGGAUUAAAUUUGACCGCGUAUUAGGUAAAAUUUGCAAAAUAAUAAAAUUCCUACAAACAGAAAACUUUAGAUACAUAAAAAAUUCACAAACAAAAGAUAAUGAUUCAAAAUAAGAGAUUUUCCAAAAAAGUUUUUUCAAAAGGUUCAAAUAAAAAUAUAAAAAAGCAGGACAUUGGAUAUCCAAGCUUGAAAAAGUUAGGAGUCCCGAAACUGGAUACAUUCGUCGCAAAUGCGAUGAAGGUGAUCUAAACUCUAAAAAAAUAAAAAAUUUGGCAUUGAUCGCACAUUUGUUUAGUUUUCCGGGCAGAUUUUCUGGAACACUUUUGACUAGUUUGGAUCGUAAAUGUUUUGUAAGUCGCGGAUUACUUUUUCGUUCUCCCAUAAUUGGCGUAACUAAUGCUUAUCCCAGAUCUUCCAGGAAUAUGAGACGUUUCUUUGAAUAGUCACUAGUGUUUGUUCUGUAAAUUACCUGGAUGUUGAUUUCAGCUGUGUCCAUUAGUGAAAAAAAUAUUCUUAGUGGCCACCUUCUACAAUUACGAGCUACACUUUAACUUCCUGUCAACUCAUCCACCGUAUCAACAAACUUCUUUUUAAAAACUGCCCUAAUAAGAGCCAACCUUAAUUGUCGAUUAUCUACAUUAUCGAAACGUAAACACUGCAAUAAAAAUGUAAAUCUAUUGAGUGCCAUCUUUUCUAGUUCCAUGACCUUUAUCGAUCGUUGGAUAUCAUGUUGGCUACCAUAUUCGCUAUCGUGACUUUAUUGACAGCAGCUGUAAAUAACGAUGUAGUUCAUUUUCCAUACCAUUGCCUCAGAUUUUUCAGCCAUGAUGUUCUUCUACCAGGACCACGAUUACCUUGGAUCUUUUCCUGAAUGAUCAGAUGUAAAAGAUCAUAUUUUUCAGGGUGUCUCAUAAUGUGACCUAAGUAUUCCAGCUUGCGUUUCUUUAUUAUAUUGACCAGUUGUGUUGUUUGGUUCAGCUGUCUAAGGACCUCCUCGUUUCUAACUCUGUCGACCCAGCUUAUUUUCAGUAGUCGUCUGUAUACCCAUAUCUCAAAGUGCCAUCACUGAACGAAACGUAUCGAUUCCUGCACCAUUUGUUCGCCAAAGAUCUUUUAGAUUACGAUGACCAUUUCUAUAGACACCCGCUAGGUAGAGGAGGCCAAAUAAUGCCUUUAUUUCAACAAUAUUGGUUCUGCGACAAUAUGCUUUAUCUUUGUAGGCUAACGCCUUUUUAUCUAUCAAUACAUUGGUGCAGACCGUAAUACCUUCAAGCAUUUCUUAAAAAAAAUGAAGCCAGCAAUCUAAAACAGUCUUAGCGUUUUUAGCAUAUGGUUUGGAUCCUGGUAAGUUCGAAAUUAUGUUCUCUGCCUUCGUUCUAACUGCUUUAUUACUAUACAGUUUUCUCCAUUUUGUUUUGGAAUCCCUAUCUAAAUAAUAAGAAAUUUUUUUAUCUUCUUUUCGCUUAUUUUCAGAUUCCAAUACUUCUAGUUCCUCAAUUUCUUUAUUUUGUUCACCAUCAGACUGAUUACUUAUGUGAUCAAUUUCGUUUUCAUCGUCGGAGUCCAUAAUUUCGUACUCAUCAUCUUCGAGUUCCUGCCAAAGUGCCAAUAGUUUGGCUUGUUCUUUUUUGUAAUUCAUUCUAGAGAAAAAAGUUUAUAUGUACAACAAAUAACGCCACGAAUUAAAAUUGUCUUAGUUACCUCGCGAAUUAAAAUUGUGUCUUCGUCACCCAGGUGGGGUCUAAUCGGAUUACAGAAAACUGUACUCACUUUGACGAUCAACUUACAACUGAAAUUUAUUGAGAAUACCAACGGCAACAUGUUUUAGAAAGCUAUAGGCAACCAAUAAAACAUCCGUGUAUUAACCAUAGAAUUAUACUAUGUAGUUCUAAGUGUGUUGGGGGUUCCAUUAGACCCCACAUGGGUGACGCCGGGUUAAUGGUCAGAGAAGUUAUUUCUCGCCGGUCAUACUCUACUUUUUCUUAGCUUCAUACGAAACAUGACAUCCCAAAGGGCGCUACGUACUUGAUUAGAUAUUUUGAACACAGCCGUUUUCUCUUCUUCCAUUGUCUCAGACCAUUGCCAGUUGCACUCUACUUUUUUUACCAUCUUUAUAUCAUUUGAUUUGGGUUUUUUUUAUAUCGAUUUCACUAGUACUUUUUUACACCUCCAUUUUUUGUGCAAUCGCAAAAUAUUCAUUUUUGAUUUAUGUAUGUCCGUGUAGAGUCGUUGUAUCUUCUUUCAAUAUUAAUUAUUAUCAGAACCAUAAAUUCAAGACAUUUCUUAAAAUAAACACCAUAAUAGCUUUUUGACAACAACCUAAUGACCACCAAAAAAAGAUGAUUUAGUUUAUUUUUAAUGAAACAAUUUAGAGAUGAUUUUGAUCAAAACAAAUACUUGUUUGUGAGUCUCGUCAGGUUGGUUUUUGUUAUUGAAAGGUUGAUAAAAAUAAGCAGUCAACUUGUUUACAAUUUAGACAAAAACUAGUGACGUGUUCGGAUUGUCUUUCGACUUAAUUAGAUUAAUAGUUAUACAUAAUUAAUGGACGGUAAAAACAUUCGCAUACUAUGUAAAUUACGUAGUCACAAUCGUUAAGUUGUUAAAAGAGUUUAAUGUAUAAAAAUAGCAAUUAAACAAAAAUAUACAAUGGCAACCUUACACAAAACAGUCAAGCAAUAAAAAAAGACAGCUGACAAAAUAGGUAGAAUAUCAAAUUACAUUCCAUAGCGAGUCGCAAUGAAAGAAAAAUCAUGAAUAGAUGGUUAACAAAGUGAAGAGUUAACUGACCGUCUAUCUGCUAAGAAAUGCCAUGAUCUCCCGAGAAUAUAUAUCUUUUUCACAUUUUGAAUACUACUACUACUAUCGGUUUACAGCGUUCUCCGACGCCUUCCGACUCCUAACCGCCAUUCUUCUCUCUUCAACCAUAGGUCUGAAGGGAUUUCUCUUUCCUCUAGUUCUUUUUCAAUUCCCUCUAUCUCCAGCUUCUUCUCGGUCUUCCUCUUUUCCUUCUCCCUUGUGAUGUCCACUUCCAAAUCUGUUUUGGAAUCCUGGCAUCUGGCAUUCUCUGUCCAUGGCCGUACCAUAUUAACUGUUUUGUUUUUAUGUCAUCAACUAUUGUAUGCUUGACUCCCAUCAUUUCUCGUAUUCUCUCAUUUGGUAUCCGAUCUCUUCUUGAUUUGGCUGCUGCUCUUCUCCAGAAGUCCAUUUCUUUUGCUAGUAACAGUUUCUCUGUUCUUUGUUUCAUUGGCCAAACUUCACUGCCAUAUGUGAUUACACUUUUAAGUAUGGUGUUGUAUAUGAGUUGUUUGUUCGCUUUAGAUAUUGUUUGGUCCCACAGAAUGCCGUUCAUCAUGGAUAUGGCUUUUCUACCCUGUAUGUUUCUGUCUUUUAUAGCAGCAUCGAGUGUUCCAUCUUGAGUUAUCUUCAUACCCAAGUACUUGUAUUCAUCACAGUUUCUAAUUUCUACCCCAUCGUCUAAUAUAAUGGAUUGUUUUGUCCCUCCAAUACACAUGGCUUCAGUUUUCUUAAUGUUGACUUCGAGACUCCAUUUGUUAUAUUCUUCUAUUAGCUUUCGAGUCAUGUAACUCAAGUCGUCAUGAUUCUGGGCAAUCAGUAUUUGGUCAUCAGCGAAACAUAAGGUGUACAGUGUAGUCUCGUCAUUGAGAGGGAUUCCAAUGCCAUUACAUUUUCCAUAGCUUGAGUGCUUGUUCCAGAUAAAUAUUGAAAAGGUUAGGCGAAAUACAGCAACCCUGCUUUAGUCCUUUCGUGACCUUAAAUCCUUCAGAUAUCCUUGAUCCAGUUUUAAUUUUUGCAGUCGUUCCAUUAUACAGACUUUGGACUGCUUUGAUAAGACCAUGCUUAAUGUUGGUUUGCUGUAGGGUUGACCAUAGUUUACUUAGGGGUACACUGUCAUAUGCUUUUUGUAAGUCUACGUACACCAGGUGAACUUCUUUAUUGAAGGCUGUUUUUUUCUCAAUAACUUGCGUAAUAGAGUACAGGUGGUCUACUGUGGAUCGCCCAGCUCUAAAACCAGCUUGCUCUUCUGCUUCGUAAUCUCUAUAGUCAUUUUCUAUUUUGUUCUUAAUAAGUUUCCCAUACAUCCUACUUAUUGUGCUGUUUACCGCAAUUCCUCUGUAAUUUUCACAGUGAUCCUUGCUGCCCUUUUUGUGGAUAGUUGACAUGAUAGAUAAUUUCCAUUCUUUUGGUAAUUCGGCCCCAUUCAAACAGUCUUGAAAGAGUUUUCUUAACUGUUUCUAACAUUUUGAAUACUAUAAAACACAAAACUCCAGUUUAUCAAAUACAAAACAACUAUUUCUAAGAAAUUAAACAAAGACUAAAUAAAAAACAAAUGUUUGAGAUGUGCAAAGUAGAUACAAGAAUUAACGGAAAUAUGUCAAUUUUCGCUGCUCUCUUCGGAAAUACCAUCCUGUAGUCAGUCGGAGCAAAUGCAUUUUGCGUGUUCUAAUCAUAAAAUUUUUAGCAUUUUUGACAGGUAUAUCUGUUUGGCCAAUUUUUUUGUCUACUGCAGUAAAAACAACAACCUCGACGAUUAGGUUGGGGAUUUGGGGCUGGAACAAUUUCGUCUUCAAUACGGCAAAUUUCUUUUAUUCUUGACCUAGUUAAUCAUCUAGGAAUACGUUUAUUCAAAAAUUGACGUUGCAGAUGAUCGUUUACUAGUUCCAUACCAAGAGCUACUAGAAAAUGUCUUUUAGGCAUUUUCAUAGGCAUAGACCUUCAGCGAUUGGCUCGAGCGCAAUUGUAGGCGGCACACAUUUUAUCAACUAGAUCUACUCUUCCGUUGGAUUUAUUAUAGUCAAUGAUGAUUUCUGGCUUGCCCGUUAAUUCGUCUGCAUCGUGCAGAUCCACGAUGCACCGUCGUGGUGCAUCGUGGAGAGUAAAAUAACGUUUUUGGUUUUUUCUAAGUGGGAGCUCUUUUGUUUUUUCCUAUAGUGCUUAUCAUAGUCAGAUGAUGUUUGUUCAAAAGAAGAUAGGCCAAGCUGAGGCUCGUAAAAAAUUGUCCAUUGUUACAUUUCUGUGAGAACCAGAUAUGGGACUGCAGAGGCGAGGAACGAGGGAAAUAUUGCACGUAUCAACUUUGUAUGGGCCAGGUGGCUGUUGUCCAGGUGUCCAAAGUACACCUUUAGAUUUCCGGUAUAAGAAAACUUGACAUCUACUAAUGCGUAGAUUUUUAUGCCAUAUUUAUUAGGUUUAUUGGGCAUAUACGAGGGUGGAUUGAUAUAAAACUAGCCUUUGAUAAAAAAAACAAGUUUUUUGGAAUUAAUCGAUUUAUUUCUCAACAUAAUCUCCUUUUAGCUCGAUACACUUAGUAAGACGAUGUUCCAAUUUUUUUAUCCCAUCCGAAUAGUACUUUUGCUCGAGCUCUUCAAAAUAGGCCGAAGUUUCAGCUACGACUUCAUAGUUUGUUGCGAAACGGUCCUCCGAGCCAUUUUUUAGGUUUGGAAACAGGAAAAAAUUGCUGGCGGCAAGAUCUGAGGAAUACGGUGGAUGUUCAACCAAUUCAUAGCCCAAUUCGGGUAAUUUUGCCAUGGCGACAGCCGAUUGCGGAGGGGAUGCAUUAUAUUGGUGAAAGAGCACUUUUUUGAGUUCCAAACCAGAGCGUUUUCGACGCAAUUCGGCAUCGAAUCGAUCCAAUAAUGUUGCGUAGUACUUACCAUUGACUGUUUUUUAUUUUUACAAGUAGUUGAUGUGGAUGAUGCCCUUCGCAUCCCAGAAAACAGUCGCCAUCUCUUUGCCGGCCGAAUGUGCACUCUUUGCCUUCUUCGGCGGUCCUUCGCCGCGUUUGCGCCACUGUUAAAACAAGAAUUAACAAACUACUACAAAAACUGUGAUCUACAAAUAAAUUUGUGGAAUGUUGUACAGAAAUUAUAUCGGACAAACAGAGAGAACAUUAGAAAACGUGUCCAAGGACACAAUUUUUACAAAAACCAACAAUUUCCCGUGUUUAUUAUCCAUACAUAAAUAGUAUUAAUACGUUUUGUGGAAAUAUACCAGUAUCAUAUCUAAAAUAAAUUUGCAUAGUAACUACCGUUCGAACCCAUUGAUUCUAGUCAAAUAGUGAAGGAACUGCUAAAAAAAGAUUUUGAAUCAAUUUAUUCUGACUUUUUCUUCAGUCAUGUUUAUAUUCAGGAACGAAAACAUAUACAAAAGUAUUAUAUUUAAAAUUCAGUCGUAUUGUUAAAUAAAUAAUGAGAAUAUUAAAAUUUUUGUACAAAAUAUUCCUAUUAGACCUUAUUACCUGUGGUUUGGGGAAUGUUAUGGAAAUGCAGCGUAAAAUUUCUGUUGUUAAAAUUUCGGAAAUGGAAUUAUAUAUAUUAUAGAGCUCAAAUUUCUAUUCAAGUGCCUGUUCAAUACACUAUUCGGUGAAAGUAGGUAAUCACUUUCAUUUUUAACAUAUUGACAAAUUUAUAUCUUAUAGUCCAGGCGAUUUAGACGAAAUUUGGUCAAAUGUGAAGUAAAAAUGUUUUUUUUUUGUAAAUAAACCUUCAAAAUUGUUAUGAGAUCUGUUUUUUUGUGGCUAUAGAAAUAGUAGAAAUAAAAAAUACUAAUUGAGUUGACCCUUUGCCGCAUAAAUUUUUGUUUUUUGUCAAAAAUAAAUUCUCAGAUCAGAAUUUUAAUUCUAUUUGCACGUAAAAAUAUGAAACAAUGUAAUAUUAAAUUUAAAUUAGUUUAAAGUUACAGUAUACACUAUGUAGUAUGAAAGUGAAAAUAACAGUUUCUAUUUUUAUUAAGACAACGGUAUACUGUGAUAUAUGUUUUCCCUGUACAGGCUGGAAAUUUGCAUCUUGACUUAGUGCUGACAUGGCAAUAGGGAAAAUAAUCAAACCCAUCUUUACGGAAGUCUUCUUGGGGUAUUUCUUUAGUGUGUCCUUUUUUUCGUUUAUCCUCGUAUAUCUGCUAAAGUCUACUACUACUAUCCCAAAGGGGUAAGUCAAAUGUCUUCGUUAUUCUGGCUCAUAACCAACAGUUCACGGCUGUCAUAUCAAUGAAAUGGAAAAUAUUUGUAAUAUUUCUUCAACCUGAUUUUUAUACGAUAACAUAGAAUCAGGGAGAUCUACACCUCCCAUGUAGUUGUUGUAGAUAAGGACACUGUUAGGGCAAGAUAUCAUUUUAUGUGUACUUUCUGUUUUGAAAAAUCUUCUUUUUCUCCCUUUGAUUCACUUCCAGCAUAUGUUGACAUUGUAGUAAUGAUUUUGUUAUCAAACCAGGACACUACACUGACAUCCACGUUGCCUAUAUUGGUUAUUUUCUCUACCAUGUGACCUCUGCCGCGCUUCUACAUUUCUUUUUCAUCUGGCAUCACAACUCCAGGAAUACGAUUUAGUCUUACUGUUGCCAAAGGUAAAAUGCCCUCUUUGGUCAGAUAUAUCAUAAGAGGUAGGCUGGUGAACAAUUGUUAAAAACCAACGUGCAAUGUUGACAACCACGUUGCUGCUCAUACUAAGAUUUGUUGCUCCUGGAGGUACAAUAUUACUUUGGAAACCAGCAAACAAAUCAAAGUCAUAGCUGUAUCCCGAAAUUCCACUAAGCACAAAGUUUUUGAAGCCCAACUCAUGUUGUUUUUUGGGUUAUACCGCUUUAGUUGGCUUCGCGCUUUUGUUGGUAGAAUCUGUUCGUCUACAGAUAGAAAUUCUUCUUUCGGAACAAUGAGUAAACUUUCUUUGAUUUGGCUCAGAACAGGUCUGAUUUUGAAUAAUCUCUUAUGUUCAGGCUGAUCAUUUUCAAUCAUGUCAUCACUGUUAUUGAAAUGCAAGAAACGUUUUAUUUCUUCGAAUCUAUUACAGCUUAUCACAUCGCUAACUGCUCGGUGACCAAUAUUGGCAUUCCAAUAGUGUCUUGUUGCUGGAAGUUGAAUUGUCGACACGUUGCACUGAGUAUAAAUUUGAUUGUUAUGUGAUAUGCUCUAUCUACCAGGAAAGAGAAACUUAAAAAAGUAGACCGAUUUUCGGAAACAGUAAAUUUUGUAUGAUUUUUUGAUCUUCUUAGAUUACCUUUCACCCACUUAUGAGAUUUCGUCCUUUUAUAUCACAGUCUUUCAGACAAAGAGGUAUCAUCAUCUGAGGAUGUGGCUGGAAUGACAGUUUCCUUGACAUUGCUUGGUAAAUCUUCACACUCCUUAUUGUCACUAUCUUGACACAAUACCAUCUCAUUUGUGCCAUUGUGUCAUAAAAGAGUUUCGGAUCCAUUUCUACAAAAACAAUCAAUGAGUCCAUAACGUCAUAGUGUACCAUAUAUAGGACACACCAAUUUUUGACGUUUUCGAGAGACUCUCAACUUUCAAAAUUUUUAGUACUCGCUUUAGAAGAUAUCUAAUAUCACAAUACAAUGAAUUUCAAUUUUUUUCAUGUCAUAAAAAACGUCUUUACCUUGAAAAAUAACCUCAAAUUUCGAACACUGUUUCAGGUGGUUCAGAAUUUCGACAAGAAUGAACUUAAACCUGCACACGGCUGUCAAUCUCGCCGUCAGAGCUAUGUCGCAUAUCUUGCGUACACUAUUAAGGUCGAUUCAGACACGUCAGUCCCGUCACAGUCUCGGCGCCGAACCGGUCCUGUUUGGUCACAGAACUAUUAAUUAUCUGACAGCUGGGAAACUGUUCGUCGCCUGAUGAAUGUGAAUGCCGGCGCCAUAUUUCUAUUAAAGAAUAUUUUGUAUGACGGAUUGUUCGGUUCGGCGCCAGGACUGUGACGAGACGUGACUGAUGUGUCUGAAUCGACCUUUAGUACGUGCCAGACACAGCUACGACAAAAAUUAAAUUAAAACAUUAAAAAAAUAUUUUUUGUUUGUUUAUGCGAUUUAUAGCACAUAAUGCGGUAAAGGUUUAAUGCAAUAUUUUCAUUGAACGUCCAUUGAACGUAUGUAAUCUCCCUUACGGUUUAUAAUUGAGUAUUUGUUUAUAUUUUGAAACAAUUUUCGAUGGUUUAUUUACAAAUUUACAGAGAACCGAUUUUAGACAAUCCAAAAUACCUGGAUGGAUCCCUUUAUGGAACUUUUUAUAAUCCAUGGUAACUCUUUAACGUAAAUCUUAAAUAUACCUAACUGUUAUAUAUUUUAACUUACUCAAAAAGAGUUGUUUUUUAGACUUUUUUUCACAUAUCUUAUUUAAGUUGCAAUAUAUAUACAAACAUUUAUUAUGCAGUUGUAGAUUUCUUGUUAAUUUAUUUAUGUUGAAGCGUAUGAGGAUGACUACCAGAAAUUUUUGUUGCGCAGUAGUUUGUUUUUUAGUUUUUAAGUGGUGCUAAAAUGUAAUUCGUAGGAUGUACCAAAGUGGCUACCUUAUGUUGUACUUCUGAAAUACAGGUAUUUUUUAAAAACUA